AUGUCUCAUCUUCCACCUUUUUCCUCUGGCGAUGGCAAGAUACCUGAUCAGGGUGGUAGGGCCAGGACCGCCUCGACGGCCACGCUCACAGACGGUGCUAGCAUCUAUGGAAUCUACACCCCCAGCCUCACCCACGACAGUACAUUGUCUGAGCUUGUUGUGAUGCCGUCAGCACCGGAGCCCACGGUCUUAUUGCGCGAAAUCCAACAGGCUGCCGAUGACAUAUCACAGCUCGUA